GAUCGUACCCCGCAAGUUGGAACAUUGUCUCCUUGUAUACGUUCCUGUAACGACGCGGUACGAAUACGCGCACGAGCAUCCGCAAGAUGUUUUAUUUAUGCCAUCGUCGCGAUAUUCGUCGUGAGUCAUGUCGGUGUCACGGUGAACGACUGCAUGACGUCGAAGAUGCUUUUGCGUUACUGCUCAUACGUCCGAUUAUGGCAGCUCGUAGUGGACUAUGGAGGGUGGCGGUGCAGGAGGAGAAAUGGGCGGACCGCACAACCCCCAACAAGCGGGUGCAAGCAAGAAAUUGCAGCAGACUCAGGCCACUGUAGACGAGGUCGUAGGUAUAAUGAAGGUUAAUGUGGAGAAGGUGCUGGAGCGAGAUCAGAAGCUGUCGGAGCUCGAAAACCGUGCAGAUGCCUUACAACAGGGUGCGACGCAAUUUGAACAACAUGCCGGCAAAUUGAAACGAAAGUACUGGUGGAAGAAUCUGAAAAUGAUGCUCAUCCUUGGCAUCAUAUGUGUUAUAAUUUUAAUCAUCAUUAUCGCUUCGGUUGUGCCAAGUUCGUCUUCAGACAACUCUGAUAAUGCUCCAAAAUGAUAGCGUUGUACCAAAGGAAAGACACGGUGUCGUACCGAACAAUCAUCUUUUCUCUUAGGAUAAGUUAUAUAUUUGAUAAAGUACGUACAAGGGGAACCGCCAAGGUUGAAGAUGAGGCGCGAAUGUGAAUUAUUAUGUUUAUAAUGUCAACCGCACAAAAAUUGGGAACAAAGAGAACAUAUUUUUGAGACUUAUUGUACUGGAAUUCACAUGAUUAUUAGAUUAACAACCAGUAUUAAUACAAGUGGCCUUCCUUUUUUUUAAAUAUAAUAAUAAAAUAAAUACUGGGAUAUUCUUAUGAUGUUAAUCUUGUUACAGCAAU